AAUAACAAUACAAGCAGAGACCCAAGUUGGGCGUAUUUUCUGUCAGUCAAUUGUCAAAUGGUGGAUGGUGUGAUUAAAUGAGUGUUUGUUCCUUCUGAGUUCCCGGAUACCUACGGUGCUUCGGCCUCAACUCUCCUUUGAUAAACCCCCCAGGAGCGUUCGACGCAGCGCCGGAAAAUGGGUGAUGAAAGGGAUUCGCAGGAUUCCGGCUUGGAUAAAUCUUCCAUGUUGUACGAAGUGACGAAGUCUUUGGACACGCUGCUGGAACUUUCGUCCUCUUCACGAGAGACUUUUAACCUGAAUGCGUCAGCUGCUGCGAGCUCGACCGACCACGGUGGGAGCGUGACGCCAACGUCGAGCCUCGUCUCGGGUAGUGCCUCCGAUCAAGGAUCCAGCAACGCGAACACCAUGGACAGCAAUGCUCGAAAAUCCCUGAAUUUCGAGGAUAUCCCGCUUCUCCCCGGCGAGAAGCCGCCCCUGAAAAAUGCUCAGGACGUGUCCUAUCUCUGCCCUUUCCACGACCCGAUUCGAGGCACGCUCUACGUCACGAACUACAAACUGUAUUUCAAGAGCGUGGAUCCCAUCUACGUUUUGGACGUACCUCUAGGAGUGAUUUCACGGAUAGAGAAGAUCGGAUAUCACUCCUCGAAGCAGGAAAAUGCGUAUGGGAUCGAGGUCGUAUGCAAAGACAUGCGGUCACUUAAAUUCGCACACAAACAGGAGGGACACUCUCGUCGCGACAUCUUCACGAAGAUGACACAGUACGCUUUCCCCUUGACGAAUAACUUGGAAUUCUUCGCGUUUGACUACUCGGAGAAGUUCCCAGAGAAUGGUUGGUCGGUAUACGACGCAGAAGCCGAACUCAAACGUCAGGGAUUGCCGACAGAGAGCUGGAGGAUUUGCAAUAAGAACUCCGGCUACAAGCUCUGCGACACGUACCCUGAGAUUUUCGGGGUUCCCGCUUUAGCAGAUGAUCCCAUGUUGGAAGUUGUCGCGGGUUUCCGGUCCAGGGGUCGACUUCCGGUGCUUUCCUGGAUCCAUCCCGAAACUCAUGCGACCAUCACACGCUGUGCUCAGCCUCUGGUUGGGAUGGUCGGCAAGCGGUGUACGGAAGACGAAAAAUACCUCAGUUAUAUCAUGGAGGCGAACACGCAUUCGUCCAAGCUGUACAUUAUGGAUGCGAGACCGCUUGUCAAUGCUGUUGCGAACAAGGCUAUGGGUGGAGGUUAUGAAAGCGAAGAUGUCUACAAGAAGAACGCCGAGAUCACCUUUUUAGAUAUUCACAAUAUUCACGUGAUGCGAGAGUCUCUACGGAAGCUCUCGGAAGCCUGCUUUCCGAACAUCGAAGACAAUCACUGGUUGUCGAAUGUCGAGAGCACCCAUUGGUUAGAUCACAUAGGGUGUGUGCUUGCCGGCGCCGUGAAAAUAGCAUACAAGGUCGAGGGGAGCCGGUCUUCGGUUCUGGUGCACUGUAGUGACGGCUGGGAUCGAACGUCUCAAUUGACAUCGCUCGCAAUGCUGCUCCUCGAUCCCUAUUACAGAACUGUUAAAGGAUAUCAGGUGCUUAUCGAGAAAGAAUGGUGUUCUUUCGGUCACAUGUUCGGAACGCGUUACGGUCACGGUGUCGAUCAUUACUCGGACUCGGAUCGAAGUCCAGUAUUCGUGCAAUUCGUUGAUUGCACUUGGCAGGUCAUGAAGCAGUUCCAAAACGCAUUUGAAUUCAACGAGAAUUUCCUGGUCACCAUACUGGACCACCUGUACAGCUGUUUGUUCGGGACUUUUCUGUACAAUAGCGAGAAAAUUCGAGGGGAAAAGAAUCUCAAGGAAAAAACGCAGUCUUUGUGGUCAAUGAUCAACUCCAACAUAGACCAGUUUGUGAACCCCAUGUACACUCGUUAUCCCCAACAAAGUGUGCUCUUCCCCGUCGCAUCUCUCAGGAGGAUCCGACUGUGGAAAACUUACUACUGUCGAUGGAAUCCUCGCAUGAGGUCUCAACAACCGCUGAUCACAAGAGGAGUCGAAUUGCUUCAGCUGCGACGUCUCCUACAGAAACAAGUGGACGAAUGCCUCAGAGAGGUUGCUGCGUAUCAGGCUAGGAAAAAGGACAAGGAGUCCACCUCUACCUGCGGAGUCACUCGUAGUGGUGGGGGGAACCCUGAUCCUGGAAGUAGUUCUGGGGGCAGCAGUCCAGGAGGCCAGAGUACCCAUCAGCCGGUGAUGGUUUGACCCGAUCUAGAAAUCUAGAGAAUAUGUAGGUUGGACUCACUCUCGAGCAAAACGCCCUUUUCCUGACAAUUCGAUCCGCAAACGUACGGAAAUUCUCGAUAGAAACUCCGCCGAAGCUCCUGAUUGAGCUGAUUGGGAUAAGCAGAAAAUUCGAUCCGAGAGGAGUCGAAUUGGAGGACGUUGGCGCUUUUCCCUCGCUCGAUAUAUCGGAGCUUUGUAAGGGAAAAGAGAUUGUGAGAUCUAAUGGAUCGAAGGCCGAGUUCUACUCAUUUAAGCUUUACUUCACGACGUAAGAGAACGCAAUCGGGAGACAAUGAAAAGGUUCUGCAUUUCAUCAAGGGUGUUCCAUUCUUAAUUCGCUGAGCUAACGGCUCCAUAGGUCACACCCCAACAUCUCUCCAGGGACGAGAAUCCACGCGUUUUUCCGGACAUCAUAAUUUGGGAAGUUCCUAUGAGCCGAGGAAAUCUACGAGAACUCAUGUAUUGGGUGGACCCAUUAAUUAGUAGGAUGAAUAAACGAGAAGAGCUU